CUUCUGUCCGUUGUUGGUUUCGACGACGAUGAGCAGCGAAAACGAACCUUUAAUUCCAAGCGCCGAAUACGAGACGGUACGGCAAGACCCUCACAUACUUCGCAACCGCAUAAUCGUCUGGUCUGCCCUCGCUGUUCUGUUCAUCGUUGCUGUGGUCGUCGCACUUGUCGACCCAGGCUUCAUAAGUGAUUUUGGACUGUCAGGAAAGUUGCCCCGGGAUCCCGAGCUUGCAGCACAACGUUUGCUUAACAUUGCUCCUGUCAUUGAUGGGCACAUUGAUCUUCCUAUGGUUGCUCGCUUUGGCUGGCGCAACAACGUUACAGAUGUCCCUCUCGACAGCCAAAUGCCCAUGCAUGUCGACAUUCCGCGUCUGAGAGAAGGGAAAGUUGGAGGAUUCUUUUGGUCUGUAUAUGUUAGUUGUGCAAGCCCUGAAGAUGAGGGCGCUGAUUUCUUGAAAGCCUCCUGGCGUGUCCGAGACACCCUCGAGCAAAUUGACGUUGCAAAGGGCCUGAUAUCGAAGUACCCGCACGAUUUUGCGUACGCUGUCAGCUCAAGUGACAUAAAAUUAGCAAUCACAAACCGCAAAAUUGCGAGCAUCCUAGGUGUUGAGGGUGCCCAUCAACUCGGGAACUCUAUCGCUGUCCUCCGCCAGUACUACGAGCUCGGGGUUCGCUACGUUACUCUUACUCACACUUGUCACAACGCUUUCGCCGACUCCUGCGGGAUGUUGCAACCCAGUGCCCCACGGCAUUACGGUCUAAGCCCUCUUGGCUUCAAGCUCGUGGAAGAGAUGAACAGACUUGGAAUGCUUGUCGAUCUAUCUCAUACCUCUGACAUGACCGCAACGCAGGCCCUCCUGCACUCUAAGGCGCCAGUCAUCUGGUCCCAUUCGUCUGCCAGGGCCAUCCACAAUGUAGCUCGUAAUGUGCCUGACGAAGUACUUAGCCUCGUCGGUUUCGGCGAAGGGCAAAGAGAUGCCGUUGUUAUGGUUAACUUCAAUGGCCCAUUUGUCGCUGACGAUGGUGAGGCUGAUAUUGAAGCUGUCGCUGAUCACAUUGAGCACAUUGCAAAAGUUGCUGGAGUCAAGCACGUUGGCAUCGGGAGCGACUAUGAUGGGAUUUCUGUCACUCCAAAGGGACUCGAGGACGUUUCAAAGUAUCCUGCUCUUAUUGCCGAAUUGUAUCGACGCGGAUGGAGCAAGCUGGACCUAGCUGGGCUCACUGGGGGCAAUUUCCUCCGGGUGUUUGAGGGUGCAGAGAAAGUGGCGAAAGACUUGCAGGCCGCAGGAACCUUGCCCAAAUAUGACGUAUACGACAAGAGAGAAGACUUGCCCGUUCUGAGAGAGCUCUGAUAUGUUCAGGAGGUGUGGUACGUUUAUCUACAUUGCUAUCCAGACGUGUUUCAGUUGCGACUGUAAUUUGCUAUCUUUUAUUC